AGCCUUGACUCCAUGCCUCAGUCCUCUGACAGUUAGCAUGUUAGCACCGACUUGCUCCUCAGGUAUCAUGUCAAUUGAAGAGUGAGUGAAACUUAAAAAAAAAACUGUACUUUUAGUUUGAUCUCUGAAACCGUCUGAGGAUGUUUUCAUCUGCCUGGAAUUUUAUCAAACGACACAAAAGGAAAUUUAUCUUCACCGGAGCUGUGAUCGGAGGUAACUGCUGCACGGUUAGCUUCAGAGCUAGCUGCUCACUUUAGCUUCACACCUGACCAGACCCACCUGAGUUUACUUUACCUGGGUCCGUAUUUACCAACUAGAGUCCUGGUUUAGAGAUAUACUUGAACACCUUUAUAACCUGAUAUUUAUAUUCUGAGGCACGGUUCAGUUCAGCUGUUUGAUUCCUGAUACUAGGAGCAAAUCUGAGAAAACAGCAGGUGAGACUCUGACAGGAGAGAGGGAGGAGAAGAGGCAGGUGAGUGUGUGAGAUAGAGACUGAUAAGCAAAGGGACAGACUAAGACCACUGACAGCAGCAGGAGUGAGUGUUGGUUCUAAAGGGGAUCUGUCAGAGGGUCAGUUGAACCUGAGGAAAGAUGUUGAUAGUGACUUGGUCCAACACAGUUUCUGUACUUGACAGACUUCUCAAAAUCAUUCAAUCAAAUCGAAUUUUAUUUAUGGACUAUGCACUAUGCAAUUCUACAGAAUUGUGCCAAAAAAUUCAAAUAAAACCACAGUCAUUUAGAACAAACAUAGGAUUCACAGUGGUUCUCCAUACAUUUGGUUGCACCCGUCGAUCAGCCUUAGCCAUAAUGAGGCCGCAAUUGACAACAUGGUCCACAAUUGUAGCCCUCAUUUCAUCAGGGAUUUGCCUCCUUCAACUCUUCUUCCUUCAAAGGAACCAUUCUCUGCCUGAAUCCAGACUGCUCAGUCUCUGUGCAGAUCAUCCGAUGGUUGGUUUCUGUUCAAGUCUCUACUUCCUCUCAGUGGUCUGUGAUCUUCUCACCAGGUGUGUACUUUUUGGGAAAAUAUGCUCAGAAGAAGAUCAAGGAUCUUCAGGAGAAGGAGGCGACCGAGUACAUCGCUCAGGCCAGACGACAGUUCCACUUUGAGAGCAACCAGAGGACCUGCAACAUGACCGGUGAGAAACACUUUGUACUGAGUCAUUGUCUCAGUAUGACACACUUUUACUUGUCAUGGGAUCGACUCUAAAAAGGAACAUCUAUCUGUAAGUCGCUGUCAGUGUGUGAUUUGUCCGUGUUAAAUGUUUGUUUCAGUGCUGUCCAUGCUCCCUCCUCUUAAAGACGCCAUCAUCAGCCAGCUGAACUCAGAGAGCCUCACUGCACUGUUAAAGACUAGGUGAGUAAAGACACCUGUUACUGUCAGAUUUAACAGAGUCUCUAUGAACCCAGUUAACCCUUAUUGUGAUGAUGAUAAUGAUGUUUUUUUUUUUUCACAGACCAGCCAACAAGCUUGAGAUCUGGGAAGAUUUAAAGAUCAUUAGUGAGUUUUGGUCUUGAUGAUAUUGUUAGUUUCUUUGAAAUUUUUAUUGCAGAGGAUUUGGUCCUAGUCCGUCAUUUAUACACUUGUUUACCAUUUCAUCUAGUCCCCAGUUUACUCAGACCUGUGUUUCUUUCUGUGUUGUGCAGGUUUCACUCGUACCAUUGUGGGGGUAUAUAGCACCUGCAUGCUGGUGGUCCUCCUCAGGGUUCAGCUGAACAUAAUUGGAGGAUACUUGUACCUGGACAAUUCUGUGGGCAAGAGCACAGAGGUGAGGGAACACCACUUUCAUGAGCUUUAUUGACUCUGACAACCUGUAAGAUCACAGGUAAUUAAACCUGUUUUGUAAGUUGUAAGCUCCAGACUAUCAAAAAAACACAAACCGAUCACGAGGGUCAGACUGAUUUUAUUCACUGAGAGAAACCAGUAUUACAGAGCGCACGCCUCAUGGGAGACUGGAUCCGCUAAACCUCACUGACCAUACAGAGCGCCAACAACAACAAGAGCAUCCACCCAUCCAUCCAUCAUCCGUACAUUAUCCAUCCAACAUCCAUCCAUUAUCAAUACAUGCAACAUCCAUCAGUCACCCAUCACCCAUCCAUCCAGCGCCCAUCCAACAUCCAUCCAACAUCCUUACAUUAUCGAACUAUCAUCCAUCCAUCCAACAUCCAUUAACCAUCCAUCAUCCACCCAACAUCCAGCCAACACCCAUCCAUCCAAUUCAACAUCCACCCAUUCAACACCCAUCAACUAUUCAUCCAUCAUUUAUCCAUCCAACAUCUAUCCAUUAUCCAUCCAUCCAAACAACAUCCAUCAGUCACCCAUUACUUAUCCAUCCAUACAACAUCCAUCCAUUAUCCAUUCAUCCAACAUCCAUCCAUCCAACAUCCAUCCUUCCAACAUCCAUCCAUCCAUCAUCCCUCCAACAUUCAUCUAUUAUCCAUCCAACAUCCAUUCAACUAUCCAACAUUUCUCCAACAUCCAUCCAUCCAUCCAUCCAUCCAACAUGCAUCAACUAUCCAAAAUCCAUCAAACAUACAUCCAUCCAACAUCCAUUAACUAUCCAUCAUUUUCUUAAUGAGUAGUUUCCAGUCCUGGUGGGUCCUGUAACCCAUCACUCAGCCCCUAGUGUCCCAGGGCCUCUCUUGAUUUACCUCGGUCACUCUGAGUCUUUUCCGGUUGUCUUUGGGUCUCUGGGCUGUUCAGGACAGCUCGAUGUCUGCAUCCCUGCUGACACCAACACACCUGUCAGCUUCUGUCUCCCUCUGAGAUACUUAAACCCUUUUCAGUGUGGAAACUCUCCACCCAGAUACCUAGACUGAUGAAACUAAGAACCACAUCCUGAGUAACCAGCAAAGAUGAUGAUCUCCAUCCUCUAGACUGCACCUCCUCCUCCUCCUCCUGACUCUGAAUGUUUGAGUGUGCUGUUAGGUUAAAGACUUGAGUGGGCUGUUUUAAAUCGGUUAUCUGUUGUGUGUUUGUCAUCUCAGACUCCUCUGGCCCCCCCAGAUGUCCAGCAGCAGUACCUGUCCAGCAUCCAACACCUGCUGGGAGACGGUAGGACAAAUUGACGAACACAAACAGAGAUCAGAUCAGAUACAGGUGGAUAAUCAGCUAACUCGGUCUCUGACUGCUGCCUCUGUGUUUGUGUGCAGGUCUGACUGAGUUAAUGACGGUGGUGAAGAGAGCUGUCCAGGACUCUCUGGGAAGGUCAGAGCUUUUCAUGGAUCACAGGUGUAUGAGUGGUGUGAAUCCUAGUUUUAUACCCUCUCUGAAAUAAACCCUCUUUGUGUCCAGCAUGUCUCUGAAACAGAGCCUGUCUCUGCUGGACCUGGAGCAGCAGCUGAACUGGAUCAGGGCGGUGGUGGAGGCCGGAUCCGAGCGUCCGCUUUCCUGGUACAUGCUGGCUGACGACGAGAACGCCCUUGCUGAUCAGGUGACCAAACGCCAUCUGACCGAAAGCGAUGGUCAUAGAUGAAAACACCUGAGCUUACCUGAACACUGUCUUCACCUCUCUCCUCUGUAGGCCUGUGGACUGACAGAGAGCGACGCUGUGACCAUCAGACUGCUAAACGAGACCAGAGACAUGUUGGACAGGUAAACCCCCCACCUGUGUGUGAGUUCAGGCCGGUGUUCUCACAAACCUUUUACAGCAUUUGGAUGAUCUUGUCGUGUUUUUGCAACCCCUCCAGCCCGGACUUCAGCACUGUCCUUAGCGCCUGCUUGAAUCGAGGUUUCUCUCGUCUUCUGGACAAUCUGGCCGAAUUCUUCCGCCCGCCUCCUGGUGACUCCGCCCCUGAGUUUGCACCUGAUAGGUCAGCCACCAAACAUUAUAAAAUAUAGGUGUUGUGUAUUCUUGUUGUUGCUGUUUUCUGUCAUGAGUUGCAGUCGAUUGAGCGUUUUUGGAUCCUUCAGAAACUGUUUAAUUAAACUUCAGUCACUGAAUUUUCAGAAACAGAAAUGUUAACCUGCUGGUUAGGAAGAUUUACCUGCUUCACGUGUCACGUGUCUUUGUGAUAAACUCUCAGCUUGAUGUGUUUGGAUGUUUUUGGCAAUAUAACAGAAAACAGACAUUUUUCAAACCCAACAUUAAUCUAUAAACAUCUCUUUUUUUGUGUGUGUGCGCAUGUGUGUAUGUAUGGGUGUUUAGUCUGUCUGCAGUCAGUCUGCCUCUGGCUAAGAUCAUCCCCAUCAUAAAUGGUCAGAUUAACACAAUCUGCAGUGAGACUCCCAGCCACUUUGUCCAGGUAAGCCAAACAGACAUCAGAUCACACCGGAUCACACCUGGUCAUACCAGAUCACACCUGUUCAUAGCUGUGUUUCUUUAAAGCUGGUCAAUUAUCUCAAUGAAGUCAAAGACCCACACCUAUGAAAAUCAUGUUUUUCUUGUUUUUUAUAUGUUCAUUUGGCAUUUUUUUGAUGCUACAGGACAUAUCAUGAGAAAACUAAACACGAAAUUGCUUUUCUGAGUAUUUCUUCAUUCAAAUUGCUGUAACUCUCUGGCAGACGCAAACAGCAGGUUCAGAAAUGGUAAGAUUUCAUACAUAACCACUCCAAGCUCUGCCCCCGCUAUGCAGGCCGCACUCUGCAUAUAGAGGAGAAAUACAGAGGACCGUCGUGGAACAACCGUGUGCGUUAGUGGAUUGCAAUCCUCGUAAGAAAGCUAAUUAUGAUAUUAGCUUCAUCGUGUCCCUAAAGACAAUAGUGUCCGAGAGCUGAAUAGCUCCUAUGUUACCUGCCACUUCCGCUACACCGGCAAUGUUAGGCUGCAAGCUAACAUGAAGACAAGUGUGCAGAGCAGCGCUGUCUCCGCCCACGACUCAGAGACGAAUUGCUAAUGAGCUGCUGGGUGUUUUGCAGAAGAAAAGCCCUUGAAAAUGACACAGGUAACGCGAUUUUUUGGUAAAAACUUCAUAAUUGCAAUUUAAAGACCACUGAGAACACUUUAAGUAGUAAAAAAUCAGGCAGCCACCGGAGGAGGAGAGAGGAGAGCAGGGAGAGAUCACUGAAUAUCAUACAGUUCAAAGAUUUCUUUCUCCAGAAAAUCAAAGACAGCAUCUGUCCUCCGACUCCCCUCUUUUAGGACCUGCUGUUGAACGACCAGGUGAAGGAGUUUGCCGCCAACGUCUAUGAGACCUUCAGCACACCACAGGAGCUGCAGAAAUAAACCAUCUGAUCAUGAGGAGGAGACAGAAAGGAAGAAAGAGAGGGAUCAAAACAAACUCCCGGAUGACUGUUCCCUCUGCCUCCUGCUCUAGACUCUGUCCUACAGACCCUGCUGACCUCCGACUCCGCUGUGAAGACUCUGACCUGGAUGAUCUGUCACAGACCUGCAGAGCGUUCGUUCCUCUGUGACCAGAGGUUUCUGAUCAUUAACCUGCUGCAGGAGGAGAGACUCAGUCGCUCAGAGAGAUGCGUCAUGGGAAGUGGAGUCAUGUUUAAGCUGUGUUGUAGUUUAAUUCAUGCUGAGAGGAGGAAACCUGCAGGAAACACUCAGAGACGGUGAACUGAUAUCAGAGGAUCCAUGGUCACUCCAACAUUUACUCCUUUUUACCACCAUCAGCCGCGGUGAGUGUUUCUGUCUGUUCUCUGUCACGGUUAACAUCUGUUUUUUUCCCCCGUGUAUCCUAAAAGAAUCAGUUUAUGAGCUUUUGAUACAAACACAGACAUGGUUUCUUUCUCUUUUUAUCUGAUCAUUCAGGGUUUUAAAUUUGCUCUAGUCCAUGUGAAGGUGGAUAAUAUCAGCUCAAGUGAGAGGUCAGAGACACGGAUUAAAACGUUUUAAAGCUCAGUGAUGGAGUGGAUAUUAAACUGAUGCAUAAACCGAAGUGAUGAAAAUGUUCAUUUUAAACCACCUUCACUAACAGAUGCUCACCUGUCUUUAAAGGUUUACCCUCUACAAUGACAGAAAUUUCAAACUCGAAGAAUCUAACACUUGAUCCAUGUUUGUAAGCACCCAAUAAAGAUUAUGUUCCUGUAGUUCCUCUUCUGUCCACCAGGUGUUACUCUACUCCAGCUGAUGGGAAACUCUAAAAGUAUUUAUUUAGUUUCGAACCAAAGAAAGAUUUGAUUUGAAACUAACAACAGUCUCUAAAAAUUAUAAAUAAAACAUUCUGUAGUCUUAAUAAAUAAAGAAAAUCUCUAAUUAGAAUAAACAAAAACAGUCUGUAAUUAAAAUAAAUAAACUGUCUUAAACUCUAAUAAAUAACAAGAUACUGUAAUUAUAAUAAAUAAAAAACGGUCUUAAACUCUAACAAAUAACAAAAUACUGUAAUUAAAACAAAUAAAAAACUGUCUUAAACUAUAAUAAAUAAAAAAUACUGUAAUUAAAAUAAAUAAAAAACUGUCUUAAACUAUAAUAAAUAACAAAAUACUGUAAUUAAAAUAAAUAAAAAACUGUCUUAAACUAUAAUAAAUAACAAAAUACUGUAAUUAAAAUAAAUAAAAAACUGUCUUAAACUCUAAUAAGUAACAAAAUACUGUAAUUAUAAUUAAGAAACAGUAAUUAUUUUAAAUAAAAGCAGGCUUUAAUUAUAACACAUAGCAAAAGUCUGUAAUUAUAAUAAAAAAAUGAAAACUGUCUUUAAUUAUUAAUACAAGCAGUCUUUCAUUAUUUUAAAUAAAGUAGUCUAAUUAUUCUAAAUAAAGACAGACUUCAUUCUACAAAAAACAAAGCUUUAGCAUUAAUAAAUGACAGGCUUUAAUCAUAAUUAUAGUAACUAUAAUAAUUGUGAUGGAAUAAAAGUUUCAUUAAGGGUUAAACUGAGUUUGAAGGACAGUUGAUACCGUUAGAAAUAAUUUGAACAGGUUUGAUCCAUCAGUCUAUCGCAAACCCUUCAUCCUGUCACCUCAUGGAAACCCUCUUCUCAGUAAUCCUCUGUGCAGAUCAACACUAACACCUGACAGGUUUUAUCAUGGACUCACCUGAGUCACGCACAGGUGAGGUCAUCUUUCAUCUCUCUGUUGAGCUGAUUUAUCUGAUGACUCUCUUUUUUCAUCUCAUUCAGUCAGUGCUUCACCUGCUCAGGUUGACUUGGUUCACUUUCACCUGUAAAAAAAUUAAAACCCUCUUCUGUAUUAUCUGACUGAUAUCAGGGUCAGGGUUUAGAUUCGGGUUUGAGUUAGACAGGGUUAGGGGUUUAAGGUCAGGGUUCGGGAGGAAAAUAUAACAGAUAAUGAAAUAUCCAUCCAGCUUUGGUUGUCCCUAAGGUUCAUCAGAAAGCAGCUUUAACUCCCUCCUGUCCUCACAGGGUUCAGACAGAGCAGGUGAGCUUAUACCUGCACCAUCAAAGACAGACAGUCAGUCAGGUGAGAAUGUAAACCUGUGUAUAUAUCCAGAGUUUUAAAGCCGAAUAUCCUUCUGACAGCUGAAAUGUACUUUUGUAGCAUUUUACUGAAGAGACAAUAAACUGAUUUCAUAGACAUGUCUGGACUUCUGUUUCCUUCAAACACACUCACUCUGUUUUAACUUUAAAGAAAGGGUUAACUUUGAUAUCGAAAACCUUUAUUCCACUGGUUGUCAUAACCCUCAGUGUCAACAGGGGGCAGGAGUCUUCAGUUUUUCUGUUGACCAAGUCCAGCAGGUUGGAGAAUUCUCUCACCUGGAAAGGAAUAAGUGAUUCAUUAGUCAGCAGAGGAUGAUCUUCAUAACUGAUAAAACUGACAAACAAAGAGACGUCAUGUUUUCCAGAGAUCACAGAGAUGAUUCUUUGUAGAUAAUAAAAUAAAAAAACAAACCUGUUUAUGGAAACCUCUGUAGCUGUGCUGUUCAGACUAGACAAAGUGUAGGAUAAAUAUAAAUCUUGGCUGAGGGGCAAUAAAUGUUUGUGUUUUUAUGAUAGAAACAGCAGAUUUCAUUUGAUUUGAUUUAUUUUAUUUUACAAAAAGGAAGGAGGUUGAUGAUCCCCAUACCAUCAGAGAUGCUGGAUUUAGAGAACAAGCCGG